AUGGUGGUUAAAGUGGGAAGGUUAUUUUUAGUAACAUUGAUAUGGCCUCUGAGUUGGCAAAUCUGCUACCUAAGAAAGAAAUUUGGUUUUUGUGAGAUAUGGAUAAACUGGGUGUAUCAGAUGCUUUCUUCUGCAAAGCUUUCAAUCAUGGUGAAUGGUGGCUCGGUUAUUCACUUGAGAAAAAGUAAGGUGUUCUUUGGAAAUGUUCUAGUGGGACGGAAGGCAAGGUGCUUGGGUAUCUUGGGAAUUCCUAAACGCAGUUUUCCUAAGAGUGCUAAGGUUGGAGAUUUUAUUUGGGAUGAAACCUGGAGACUGCCUUCUGUUUCAUCGCCUCUGUUGAAAGGAGAACAGAAAAAUAACUGGUAUACAAUGUUUGUCAAGUUCGUGGUGUUCUUCCUAGUUCUUAAGGGAUCUGCAGCAUCAGAGCAGGAUGACCUUGGUUUCACCUACAAUGGAUUUAGUGAAGUUAACAUGAGCUUGGACGGAUUAGCCCAGAUAACAAACAAUGGCCUCCUAAUGUUGGUAAACAACACUAAGCAACAGAUGGGUCAUGCCUUGUACCCUCAUCCGCUUCACUUCAAGAAUUCAUCAACAGGUAGCGUUUUCUCCUUCUCCACUACUUUUGUAUUUGCUAUGUUCUCUCAAUAUAGGGCAAGAGGUGGUACUGGAAUGGCGUUUGUGAUCGCACCCUCGAGCAAGUUUCCGGGUGCUUCGGCAGGAACUUAUCUAGGCCUCUUCAAUUUGACCAGCAACGGCAAAUCAUCAAACCAUAUCAUCGCAAUCGAGCUGGAUUGCCUCAGAAAUCUGGAAUUCUAUGAGAUCGAUGGAAACCAUGUCGGUAUUGACCUCAACGACUUGAAAUCUGUUGAAUCUGCUCCAGCUUCUUAUUUUAGUGAUAAAGAAAAUCGAAAUGUGAACUUGACCCUCUUCAGUGGACAAGCUAUGCAACUUUGGGUGGAAUAUUCUGGUCCACAAAGACAGCUUAAUGUAACUUUAGCUCCAUUUGAUGUACCUAAACCAACCAUCCCGCUCUUGUCCUUGAACAUUGAUCUCUCUCCAAUAGCUGUAGAUACCAUGUUUGUGGGCUUCUCAUCUGCUACUCUCACCUUCGAUCUACACCAUUAUGUGUUGGGUUGGAGUUUUAAGAUGAACGGGAAAGCCAAAGAACUAACAAUCUCCCAGCUUCCUAAGCUUCCUCGUUUCGGACCUAGAAGGAAACCUAGAAUUUUCAGUCUUGGAAUACCUGUGAUCGGUGUUACUUUACUGUUAAUCUUGAUCUUCCGCAUCCAAUUUAUAGUUAAAACCAAGAAAAAGUUUGCAGAAGUUCUUGAGGAUUGGGAACUGGAUUAUAGACCUCACAGGUUCAAAUAUAGAGAUCUCUACAUCGCUACCAAGGGGUUUAAGAACAAGGAGCUACUUGGAGUCGGUGGCUUUGGUAGGGUUUAUAGAGGAGUACUACCCAAAUCUAAAGCCGAAGUUGCGGUGAAGAGAGUAUCGUACAAUUCUAGACAAGGGGAGAGAGAAUUUGUUGCUGAGAUCAUUAGCAUUGGUAAAUUGCGGAAUCGGAACAUAGUACCACUCUUGGGCUAUUGCCGACGCAAAGGAGAGCUCCUUUUAGUUUAUGAUUUCAUGCCCAAUGGGAGUCUAGACAAAUACCUAUUUGAUCAAAAAACAAUAGGGAUGACACUCAAUUGGAAUCAAAGAUUUAGAAUCAUCAAAAGCGUCGCAGCGGCAUUAUUAUAUCUGCAUGAGGAAUGGGAAAAAGUUGUGGUUCAUAGAGACGUGAAGUCUAGCAAUGUCUUAAUAGACAAGGAGUUCAAUGGAAGAUUAGGAGAUUUUGGGCUUGCAAGAUUAUAUGACCAUGGAACCGUUCCUAAAACCACCCAUGUUGUGGGGACGCUUGGUUAUCUUGCACCAGAACUUUGUAGAAUUGGGAAAGCAAGCCCUAGUGUGGAUGUGUUUGCAUUUGGGGCUUUUUUGCUGGAAGUUGCUUGUGGUAGGAGGCCUAUCGAGCCAGAAGCUUUAGAAGAGCGUGCGGUGUUGGUGGAUUGGGUGGUCUCAUGUUGGAAAAAGGGUAGGAUUCUUGAUACGGUGGAUCCAAAACUGGGAAUGGAUUAUGAAGUGCAGAAAAUGGAAGUGGUGUUAAAACUUGGAUUGGUUUGCUCUCACUCAAUUCCUACUGCAAGGCCCACCAUGCGACAAGUUGUCCGGUAUUUGGAGAGGGAGGUCCCCCUAUUGGAGCUGACAUUGAUUGGUCCAAGCACAACCACAAAUGACACAACUUUCAUGACUCCUAUCGGUUCUGGUGAUAUCUCUGUGACUAAUCUUCAGAGCACAAUGACUCGGUCUUCAUCAGUUGUAGAAUCUAUACUCUCUGGUGGCCGAUGAAUCUAUAAUAUUACAGUUUUAAUCACAAUUCAAAGUGGUCUUCGGUGAUUGUUUUGUUCCCCUCCUCCCCCUUAGGUUUUGUUGUAUCCCCUAUUUCUAGAUGUUUUAAUUUCUUAAGUUAAG